AUGAAAACCUCUCACCACCUCACAGUCCCACCGGGAUUGACCAGCGAAGAUUUCCUUGAGCUAAAGAGUGCCGUCACCGAAUUCCACACCUACGAUCUGUCAUCCGCCCAAUGUUCAUCCCUUCUGGCGCAAUACAUCCACGCGCCGGUCGACGUCGUCUGGUCGGUGAUACGACGGUUCGACAAGCCGCAAAUCUACAAGCACUUUAUCAAGAGCUGCACUAUGGAAGAAGGAUCUACAAUGGUGGAGGGAUGCACACGUGACGUCAUCGUCAUAUCGGGAUUGCCGGCGGCGACCAGCACGGAGCGGUUAGAUUUGCUGGAUGAUGAGAGGCACGUUAUGGCGUUUACGAUCAUCGGCGGCGAACAUAGACUGAGAAAUUAUCGUGCUGUGACGACGUUGCACGAGAUUAAGGCGGAGGGAUCGCUGCCGUCGAAGACGAUUGUUUUGGAGUCGUAUGUGGUGGAUGUGCCGGAGGGGAACACGGAGGAAGACACUCGGUUUUUUGCUGACACGGUGGUGAAGCUAAAUCUGCAGAAGAUGGCGUCUGUGACGGAGGCCAUCGCUCGAGGCGGCGGCGACGCCGCCGCCGAGUCUCUUAGGUGA